UUUAAACUUCAUUUGAUCGUUUCGGACACGUGACAGGGAACAGCGGAAGAGCCUCCGACGUCCGCAUACAGAAGAGUCUCUUGAGUCUUCAGGAUGCAAAGUACCACUAACUACCUUUGGCUGAUCUCUGAUCUGCUUGGUCAGGGAGCAACAGCCAAUGUUUACCGUGGCCGACACAAAAAAACUGGGGACCUAUAUGCUGUGAAGGUAUUCAAUAACAUUAGCUUUCUGAGGCCAUUAGAUGUCCAGAUGAGGGAGUUUGAAGUUUUGAAGAAACUAAACCACAAAAACAUUGUGAAACUCUUUGCAGUGGAAGAGGAGUCUAACACUCGUCAUAAGGUGCUUGUUAUGGAGUACUGCCCUUGUGGGAGUCUGUACACUGUUUUAGAGGAGGCUUCAAACGCCUAUGGCCUUCCUGAAGAUGAGUUCCUUAUAGUCCUCCAUGAUGUGGUUGCUGGGAUGAACCACUUGAGGGAAUAUGGCAUUGUCCACCGUGAUAUUAAACCUGGGAACAUUAUGCGUGUGAUUGGAGAGGAUGGACACUCUGUCUACAAGCUGACAGACUUUGGCGCUGCUAGAGAGUUGGAGGAUGAUGAGCAGUUUGUGUCACUCUAUGGCACUGAGGAAUAUUUGCACCCUGACAUGUACGAGCGUGCUGUUUUAAGGAAAGAUCACCAGAAAAAAUAUGGAGCCACAGUGGAUCUUUGGAGUAUCGGUGUUACUUUCUACCAUGCAGCUACAGGGAGUCUCCCAUUCCGACCUUUUGAAGGACCCCGCAGAAAUAAAGAAGUGAUGUAUAAAAUUAUCACAGAGAAGCCUCCUGGAACAAUCUCUGGCCACCAGAAGUGUGAAAAUGGCAAAAUUGAAUGGAGCACAGAAAUGCCAGUGUCUUGCAGCUUAUCUAAGGGAUUGCAGAGCCUUCUUACCCCUGUCCUUGCCAACAUCUUGGAGGCAGAUCAAGAAAAGUGCUGGGGUUUUGACCAGUUUUUUGCAGAGACCAGUGACAUCCUACACCGUACUGUUGUUUAUGUUUUCAGCCUACAGCAAGCUACUCUUCAUCACAUCUACAUUCAUGAAUACAACACAGCUGCACUGUUCCAGGACCUGCUGUGCCGAAGGACCAGUAUCACACUCCACAAUCAGGAGCUACUUUAUGAGGGUCGGCGCCUCAUCCUUGACCCAAACCGCCAAGCCAAAACAUUCCCCAAGACCUCCAGAGACAACCCCAUAAUGCUCGUCAGCCGCGAGUCUGUCACCACCGUCGGCCUCAUUUUUGAAGACCCCAGUCCACCAAAAGUUCAACCGCGCUACGAUCUAGAUUUAGAUGCCAGCUAUGCCAAGACAUUUGCUGGAGAUGUGGGACACUUAUGGAAAACUUCAGAGUCUCUCCUUGUGUAUCAGGAACUUGUACGUAAAGGUGUCCGUGGGCUAAUAGAGCUGAUGAAGGAAGACUAUAGUGAAAUUCAACACAAAAAGAAUGAAGUCUUUCAUUUGUGUGGCUACUGUACCCAGAUACUUGAAAAAACAGAACAGCUAUUUGAGGUGUUCAUGCAGGCCAACAUGUUGUCAACAGAAUAUGAUGAGAUCUCAGACAUGCACAAGAAAAUUCUCAGGAUUGCAAGUUCUUUGGAGCCUAUUGAGCGAACAACACAAGAUAUCAAAAGUAAAUUCCUACCCGGAGGAGUACUGACGGACACCUGGACACAACAAGUCGGAACUCAUCCUGAGGACAGAAAUGUGGAGAAAAUCAAAGUGUUGCUGGAUGCCAUCACAGCCAUUUACCAGCAGUUCAAGAAGGACAAGGCUGAACGAAGACUGCCAUACAACGAAGAACAGAUCCAUAAAUUUGAUAAACAAAAACUGGUCCUCCAUGCCAGCAAAGCAAGAUCCCUAUUCACAGAGGAAUGUGCCAUGAAAUACCGCUUGUUUAUCUCUAAGAGUGAGGAGUGGAUGAGAAAAGUUCAUCACGUGAGGAAACAGUUCCUCAGCCUGUCUGGUAAUCUGAUAAGCAUUGAGAAAGAGGUAACUAUGUUCAUGGAGAGAGCCAUCAAGCUGCAAGAGCAGCUUCCUCAGAAAGUCCUUCCUCUGGUGUCCAGUGGGAUGAAGCCUCAGGCCUACCUGAGUCAGAACACACUUGUGGAAAUGACUCUGGGGAUGAAGAAACUAAAGGAAGAGAUGGAAGGUGUGGUCAAAGAGUUGGCAGAAAAUAACCACUUCUUAGAACGUUUUGGCACUCUGACAUUGGAUGGAGGACUCAGGGGCUAGACGGAAUAACCAGUUUGUACAUAAUUAUUGUAAAUAUCUAGCCUGGCAACCCAGCCCCUGCAGGAGCAUCUGGAGCCCUCUCCACUGUAUAACAUUACUCUUCCUCAAGUUUGUGGACGAUCAAUUCUGAUUGAUAUACAAAUGAUCCUAAUAUUGAUUUUUAUUUGUUCUGUUUUGAUGAGGGAACUUGCCAUGUGUUUGUCAAUCCACUUGUCAUUCCUAACCAUUGGAACUCAUGGGUGUUUUUAUCAAGAAAUGAGACUCUGUAUAGAAUAAGAGGACUUUUGGCUGACCACAUGAGUAAUUAUCAUGGGACUAUCUAAAAUCAUAUUCAUUCAAUAAGAAGACAUAUUUUAUUUAUUAGUUCCUUUUUUUCUAGUGGAGCUUUACUGCUCACACAAUUUUAAUCAGGGUUCUUGGUGCCAUAGAAAAUGUGAAGGUUAGGGUUCAACUUCACAGCAAAAUGUUCCAAGACUGGGCUUUAUGGUGGAGUCUGCAUGUUCUUUAAUUUGUUCAGUUAUCUUGAGAGGUAUUAGCUUAAUAAUCUGUAGCCUAUGCAUUAAAAAGUAAGAGUACUUGUUUCACUUGUAUCUACCCGCACAUUAUUACUAUAAAUUGUAAAUUCAUAAGCUGUCUACAAAACAACUAUCCAGUAAAUAAGAUGGUGUGUUUCAUUUCUUUUUUCUUAUGUAGUCCCAAUGAAAAUGUCACAACUUUCUCCUGUAUAACUGUAAAUAAAUGUCUUAUAGACUUUAAA